AUGUCUACUGAUAAGAUCACGUUCUUAACCAACUGGCAUGCCACGCCCUACCACGCCCCCCUCUAUCUGGCACAGAGUAAGGGUUUCUUUGCUGCCGAAGGCAUCAAGGUCGCCCUUUUAGAGCCCAACGACCCCAGCGAUGUCACUGAAAUCAUUGGCUCUGGCAGUGUGAACAUGGGCUUCAAGGCCAUGAUUCAUACCCUCGCUGCCAAGGCUCGCAACUUUCCCGUCACCUCAAUCGGCAGCCUCCUCGAUGAGCCCUUCACUGGUGUCGUCUAUCUGAAGGACUCUGGCAUCACCACCGACUUCCGCUCUCUCAAGGGCAAGCGUAUCGGCUACGUUGGCGAAUUCGGCAAGAUCCAGAUCGACGAACUCACCUCGCACUAUGGCCUCACCCCCGAUGACUACACUGCCGUCCGCUGCGGCAUGAAUGUGUCCAAAGCCAUCAAGAAUGGCGAAAUCGACGCCGGCAUCGGCCUGGAAAAUGUCCAAAUGGUCGAGCUCGAGGAGUGGCUCGAUAGCCAAGGCCGUCCUAAAUCCGACGUGCAGAUGCUCCGCAUCGACGAGCUCGCCGAGCUCGGCUGCUGCUGCUUCUGUUCCAUUCUGUACAUUGCCAACGACGAGUUUCUGGCCGCGAACCCUGACAAGGUGCGCGCGUUCCUUCGCGCCGUCAAGCGCGCCACCGACUUUGUCCUGGCCGAACCGGAAAGUGCCUGGGCCGAGUAUGUCGAUUUCAAACCCGUCAUGGGCACACAGCUCAACCGCAAAAUCUUUGAGCGCAGCUACGCCUACUUCUCGCGCGACCUGCAGAAUGUCAAGCGUGACUGGAACAAGGUCACCAAGUACGGCCAGCGCCUCGGUGUCCUGGCCGCCGACUUUGUCCCCAACUACACAAACGAGCAUCUCGAAUGGGUUCUGGACGAGGCAUCGAACGACCCCCUCGGAGAUCAGAAGCGCAUGGCCGAGCUUCAGUGCGAUGUGGCCUGUCGCGGUGGCUUCCGCCGUCUCCCGCGCGCUGCCGCUGCUUAG